AUGCCCCUCCUGAGAAAAAUCAUCCCAAAGCUAAAUGACCACUGUUUCUCAGCACAGGACAUCUUAAACAGAUGUGCAAGACAAAUUACAGCAGAAAUUGAACAGGGGUUGGAGAAAAACUAUAAAGAAGUUCUCGAUAUUUCAUCUGCUGAUGCCCACAGAAUGGGAUUAAAACCAAUCACCUUUUGUCGUCAGGUGCUGUCCGCUUGUUUCUACCCCUCCCUCCUGAAUGAUGAGAGUUUACCCCUGGAUGCAAGAGAGAGAGCACAAAGCAUUCUGAGGGAAUGUAAUGGAGGGAGCAUAGGAUCAUAUACUGAAGCACAAGGGAUUGAAAAAAUCCAGGAGUCCAUUUGUAAAUUUAUCACUAAACGUGAUGGUGUUGUUUCUCAUCCUGACAACAUAUUCAUCACUAAUGGUGCCCAGUCACACCUCACAAUGGUACUGAAGAUGCUGGUUCAGAGUGAAGGUUCAUUGAAGACUGGUGUUCUUAUUCCUGUACCAUCCCACUUCACCUUUAACAUGGCAGUGGCUGAUGUGGGGGGAGUUGUGGUGCCUUACUACCUGUGUGAGGAGCAAGGAUGGGCAGUGCAGCUUGAAGAACUGUGCCGAGCCCUGCACACAGCCAGGGGGCGAUGCAACCCAACGGUGUUGUACCUCAUCAAUCCAGGACCAACAGGUCACGUGCAGAGUAAGGACUCGAUUGCAGAAGUGAUUCGCUUUGCUGCAGAAGAACGGCUCUUCUUAAUGGUAGAUGAGGUGUAUCAGGACAAUGUGUAUGGGAAAGGAAUUGAGUUUUAUUCAUAUAGAAGAGUGCUGUCUGAAAUGGGUCCCCCAUACUCCAACACCAUGGAGUUGGCGUCAUUUCACUCCAUCUCCAAGAGUGUCAUGGGAGAGUGCGGUCUGCGUGGAGGUUAUUUGGAGUUGCUGAACCUUGACCCUUUAGUGAUUCCAUACAUCCUCAGAUUCUUCUCCACAACUUCAUGCAGUUCAUUAAGUGGACAAAUCGCUGUGGAUGUGAUGGUCAACCCUCCACAACCCACACAGCCUUCGUAUGAACUCUACACUCAAGAAGUUCAGUCUAUUAGGAACACAAUAAGGAAUAAUGCCCAGAAGACUGUGGAGGUUCUCAGUGGUUUACCUGGAAUCAGCUGUCAGCCAGUGAAUGGAGGAAUUUUUGCCUUCCCACGUCUGCAUUUGUCCCAGUCUGCAAUAAAACAUGCCAAGGACAAGCAGCUGGAGCCAGACUUCUUGUACUGUUUGUAUUUGCUGGAGGAUAAAGGCUUGUGCGUCGGACCUGGAUGUAUGCACGGACAAAAAGAGGAAACCUAUCACAUUAGGAUUUCCCUGGCAACUCCGGAGGAGACCAUGAAGGAUGUGCUGCAGAGGCUGAAGAAUUUCCAUCUCCGUUUCAUCCAAGAGUUUCCCUGA